UGCAAACAGAUGCCAAUGAAAUGUCUCAAUGAACUGUUUUUUUAGCUUUUAUUUGUCCUCCAAAAGCUAAUUUUACCGGUCGAAGUUAUGCAAACGUGGAGUCUCGUAUCCAUUUGUGUGUUGCUCGGCGUUGUUGUGAGAUGGGGUGUUUCGUUAAAUUCAUAUUCAGGGGCGGGGAAACCUCCCAUGUUUGGCGACUAUGAAGCUCAAAGGCACUGGCAAGAGGUGACCUACAACCUCCCUCUGCAGGAGUGGUACUUUAACACCACUGAGAAUGAUUUGAACUACUGGGGUCUUGACUACCCUCCUCUGACUGCCUACCACAGCCUGAUCUGUGCUUAUGUAGCCAAGCUAAUAAACCCUGAAUGGGUGGAGCUCCAGACAUCCAGAGGUUACGAAAGUCCAGCGCACAAGUUAUUCAUGAGAGCUACAGUCCUGGUGGCAGAUUUGUUGAUAUACAUCCCUGCAGUGGUUUUAUACUGUUUAUACCUGACUGAUGGAUCCUCUAAAAAAAAGGUUUCCACUCUGUUCUGCUUCCUUCUGUACCCUGGGCUAAUCCUCAUUGACUAUGGGCAUUUCCAGUACAAUGGAGUGAGUCUGGGCUUUGCCCUGUGGGGGAUUCUGGCUCUGGGUCUGGGCUGGGAUGCGUUGGGCUCCAUGGCCUUUUGUCUGGCUCUCAACUACAAACAGAUGGAGCUGUACCAUGCUCUGCCCUUCUUCUGCUACCUGCUGGGGAAGUGUGUCAAACUGGGCCUGAUGGGGCGAGGGCUUUUCCUGUUGGUGAGAAUUGCUUCAACGGUGUUGGUAACUUUUGCUCUUUGCUGGCUGCCCUUCCUGUCUGACCGCAGUCAGGCCAUGCAGGUGGUCAGGAGAAUCUUUCCCGUGGCUCGAGGUCUAUUUGAGGAUAAAGUGGCCAACACAUGGUGCAGCUUGAACAUCCUGAUAAAGAUCAGAUCCAUUCUGUCCAGUGACUCCCAGAUCUACCUCAGUUUUGCCUGCACUCUCCUGGCAGCCCUACCUUCCUCUGUCAGACUUCUGACAAAGCCCACCUUCUGGCAGUUUAAACUGGCCUUGGCUAAUUCAUCUCUGGCAUUUUUCCUCUUCUCCUAUCAAGUCCACGAGAAGUCCAUCCUCUUGGCUGCCUUGCCUGUCUGCCUCCUGCUGAAUGACCUCCCCUUGAUGGUUAUUUGGUUCCUGCAGGCCUCUACAUUCAGCAUGCUGCCUUUGUUUUUGAAGGACGGUCUACUGGUGCCCUACGUUGUGACCUCACUGGCCUUCCUCUACUUCAGCAUCUAUCUUCUGCCUGCACUGGAGCACUGUUCAGAGGAAGAACUGAGACUGGGAGCCUACCACAGGCUGUUUUUCUGCCUACCUAAACUGGACCUGGCCUGCCUUGUGAGAUGGAAGUUCUACAUCAGCAUUGCAGUCAUGGCUGGUCUGAGCAUUGUGAGUGUAGCUCUGGUUCCUCCACCACAUCUACCUGACUUGUUUCCUGUGUUGGUGUCUACUACUGCUUUCCUGCACUUCUGGGGAACAUUUAUAUAUUUCAACAUUGUCCAGUUCAGCGAGCCACCCACCAGAAAGAGCCAGAAGAAGAACAACUGAAUGGUGCCAAAUGUGGUGAUGUACACGGCAGGAGAUUUCUAAAUAAUUUAGCUCCAGGAAAGCCACUGUUAUACCAUGGGACUCUUAAUGUGCAUGAAGGCUUUCACUCAUGCCAUCAUGUCCCCAGUGCAGAUAGCACAAAUGGUAUAGCUGCAAUGAUUAGUUGAUCAAAUGAAAAUGGCAAAUUUUCAAGCAAUGCCACACAUUUGAUGGUUCCAGCUUCUCUAAUAGGAUAAUUUUCUGCUUGUCGUCUUCUUGCAUUACACGUUUUAGGUUGUUGCCCAGACAAAACGAGAGAUUUGAUGAUAAUACCUUGGUCUCUCCGAAAUUGUAAUAAGCUUAAUUCUUAUACUACAAAAUGGCAAUGUAGAGGAGAUGUGACAUCAAGAGAAAGGGCAAUGAUGUUUCUCCAGUUUGGACCAAAUAAAUUCAUGAAAUCAGUCCUCUCCUUUUUCAAAAUCACUUUUUAGUUUAGUCUUUACUUGUACUUUAUCCUUUAUACUUUUUGCUUUGACCAAUGAUACUUCACUCUUCAAACUACACUAUUGCUGGCUAAUCUCAAAAGUACAAAUAGGCAAGCAGGGUGCAGCCUACACACUUGACCUUAGAUAGCUCUGUGCCUGUAUGCUCAAGAUGCAUGAGGUGCCCACAAUAAUAGGAACCUCUGUUUCAGAGGUGUUGAUUUGAUUUUAACUGGUAACUUUUAAAGACAUAGUUGGUGGUGAUUCUAGACGUAUGAUAUUGUAAGGUGUUCCUGUUAAUUUGUCCACCUUCAUUACCUCUUCUGGCAGUUGUGAUUAAAACAACUACCUGAUGGGACUGGAUGUCAGCAGACAGCUGUCAUUAUCUAUUCAUGUGAACUUUUUUUUUUUUUUUUUUUUUUUACGAUUUUCUACUGUAUAUUUUUUAC